CAUCCAGUCACACCUGAAUAGAAUGAAGACCUGCAGCAUCACUCAUAGGGACAACCAGGUGAGUGUCACUCAGAACACCUAGCUGACUCUGACACCAUCCAGUCACACCUGAAUAGAAUGAAGACCUGCAGCAUCACUCAUAGGGACAACCAGGUGAGUGUCACUCAGAACACCUAGCUGACUCUGACACCAUCCAAUCACACCUGAGUAGAAUGAAGACCUGCAGCAUCACUCAUAGGGACAACCAGGUGAGUGUCACUCAGAACACCUAGCUGACUCUGACACCAUCCAGUCACACCUGAAUAGAAUGAAGACCUGCAGCAUCACUCAUAGGGACAACCAGGUGAGUGUCAGAACACCUAGCUGACUCUGACACCGUCCAGUCACACCUGAAUAGAAUGAAGACCUGCAGCAUCACUCAUAGGGACAACCAGAUUUGUGAUCCUGAGGUGGAGGCAUCAGAAUCCAACUUCCUGAAGCUGAUUAAAACGCUGCUGGAAGACCCAGUUGAGAGAGAACACUUCUUUCAGAACGUUUUUCCAGAGGAAUUCGGCCCAAAGUAUCACUCUGCACUGCAGACUCUGGUGUGGGAGUUCCUCUCCAGACUGGAGAAUCUGCUUCCAACACCGACCCUUCAACAGACUGCAUCGUGGUUUCUCCCUGACCCCUCUGUCCUGGAGGAGUGUGGGCAGUCUGUGCGUCACCCUCAACCUUUGAGGACCCUCCUCCAGUACCACACCAACCUUUCUCCAGUCCCACAUGUUGAGGCCAAUGACAACCACAUCCUGUCUCCAUCUCCCCGAGAGUCAUUCACUGACCAAGCUGACCCAGAGAUCCAAUCAGAACCCUUACAGACAUUUAUGACCAUUCAAAGCCCUGCAUCAUAUUACUUUGAGUCAGAAACACCUUCGCUGGAUUACAGGGAGAGUCAACAAGGGAUGAAUUUAGACCGCACAGCAAAUGUCGACAUUCUGCCUUUGAAUGAAGAGGUAGAGUGUGUAAACAAGGAAACUCUUGACAAAGAGAGUGAAAUGGAUAAAGUUUUUCUUCACCUUCGUGCUGACAGUGGGCCGAAAAUCCAACCAGGAGCUCACCGUUUCGAAAAGGAAGUGCAGGACAUUUCUAAUGUGUCUACGUCCUGUCGGCUCCUUAAGCCCACGGUGCUGCUGCACAGACUUGACAUUACUGAUAUGCUGUCACCUGUGUCAGAGGACUUUCCAACGCCGAGCAGAGAGAGGCUUCAGAUUGACAAUGUGGAAACCCAAGGACAGAGAGAAGGACGGGUCAUAUCACAAAAGAGCGAGAGGAAUGUCGACGUAGAGCCCUCAGAUAGCCAGCCUCAAUAUCCUCUGGUCCCUGGCCCAUGCCAUACUAAGGGGCAGCCUAAAAGAAGCAUGCGUGUCAAAAUAUGCUCCUUGUGUGGGAAAACUUUCAGGGAAGCAAAGGAUUUGACAGCACACAUAACAUCUCACACUGAGCAGAGGCCUUACCAGUACACCCUGUGUAGACGAGACGUUGAACACCAUGAGGACUUACAGAAACAUCGUCAGAAUGUGUGUGAGGUGGCAAUUCAACCAGAAGAGGAUAACACGUCUGCGACAUCUACGGAGGAUUGCACAGAGAUAUCCCAGCCCCACGACACUUUACCCCAGAGAAGGCACAUGAAAAUCCAACAUGGUAAACCAAGACAGUCUUCCAAAGUCACCAAAUGCUCCCUGUGUGACAAGACCUUCAGUAAGGCAUCACACAUGGGGAAGCACAUGAGAUACACACAUGGGAAGCUCCUGUGCCUCAACUGUGGGGAUGUUUUUGAGAACUCCACUUUGAAGAAACAUAAAAAAGUGUGUUCGAAGACAAAGAAACGUCUCUCUUGCUCUCUGUGCGGGGACACCUUUGAUCUCUCUGAGCCAAACGAGCGUGAGGACGGGAACCCACAGCAACUUCCGAGGAGGGCUCUUCCAGAGGCCAGCGCUCUUUUAGCGGCAGUAGAAAAUGCAACAGAGAUACCUCAGCUCUCAAACACAACACCCCAAAACCCAACCACCUCCAAUGCUCUGCCCUUUCAGCUAGCUAAUCAUUACAGAAAAUGCCUUUUAUGUAAAGAAGCUUUUGAUAAUGGAGAAGACCUGAGAAGACAUCUGAGAUUUCAACAUGGUGUACUUCCUUACCUGUGCUUCAAAUGUGGGGAGAGUUUCCAAAGCACAUCUGAUCGGGAGAAACACUCGGACGAGUGUUCCGGUCAAAACAUUCCAGAUUCCAGAAAGUGUCCCGGGUGCAGGACAAGGACUUCUCAAUAUAGACAGCAGCAGCAGGAAAUGACAAGUCAGGAAGUGAACCUUAAAAGACAGCAGACAGCCUGGCCACUACAUACAGGGGAAAAGGAGAUGGAGAUCCCACAGUCCAGCAGCACAGACGUUGACUUCUCAAAUGACUCUCGGCAACACCAGAUAAACCAAUCAGUCAAUCAAUCAAACUUAUUGGUAAGGUGCUUUUUCGAUCAGCGAACUGCUCUCGCAGUAAGUCGGUCUGGACCCCGAAGAGCCAACCAGUGUGAUGAGAGGAACAUUCAGACACAGCAAGACUUUAAUGAGGAAGUCAAUCCAAGCCAAACACUAAGGGAGGUUGACCCAGCAGGUGGAGGCACAUCUCCGCCUUCAAGGGGGAACGGGAUAGAGACUCCCCACAGUACUGAAUCCCACAACCCAACAACCUGCCACGCUUCCCCCACUCUGCCCCCCGGUGUGAAUUUAGAUUCUAGAACAUGUCACGUGUGCUCUAAGAGUUUUCGUAGGAAACAAUCCCUGAUUUUGCAUCUGAGACGUCACGGUGAGGGGGCCAUUAAGUGUCCCAUAUGUUCAAGGUGCUUUGGUCGUAACAGGGAUUUAAAGUUUCACCUAGCCAACAAAUCAGGUUGUGGGCCACUGCGCCGUAAUCUUACCACUGUAAUCGUUCCCACAAAAGACACGUCGGUCUUCACUUGCCCCGAAUGUCUGCAACAGUUCACAAGCGAAAAGAAACUGAAAUCCCACAUGGUAUGUCACACAGGAGAUGGCUUCUCCUGUAGCUUUUGUGGCAAAAUGUUUGCCGGACAUAAUCAAUUAAAGUUUCAUAUUCGUUGUCAUAGUUACAGGCCUUAUCUGUGUGAUACGUGUGGCAAGGAUUUCCCAUCUCAGAGUGCGUUGGAAUCCCACGAGCGCGUGCACACAGACGAGCGGGCGUACUCUUGCACAGAUUGCGGGAAAAGCUUUAAGCGGAAGGGAACCCUGACGCAACAUCGACUGAUUCAUACGGGAGAGCGGCCGUUUGCCUGCACUCUUUGUCGAGUACGCUUUACCACCAAUAAGCAUCUGAAACUGCACAUGAUGUGUCACACGGGGGAGAGGCCUUUUAAAUGUCCGCUUUGUGGGAAGGGCUUUAGACAGAAAGGCGAUUUGAGGCAACAUCAACCUUUGUGUUCCUAGUUGCCUUGGCGCUCAAGAGUUAAGAUAAAAGAGUUCUUAUGUUCUUAUUGUGUCUGGCAGUAUUCAGACGUAAUGUACUUCCGUCACACCCUGCGUUCAUAACAUCUGGUACAUUUGUGAAUAGCAGCAAUCCGACUGUGAAAAAUCCACUUGAACGCCUCUCCAACUGGUAAUUACUUGUGGGGAAACUCGUCUGUCAUCUCUGAGCUUCCGACUUCUGCCACAUGCUGAACUCUGACGUCACAUACAAAAGGACAUGACCUUUGAUAACAGCAUUUUUAGCAGUUAAAUGCAACAACAAAACAUUAUUUAUAAAAAUAAAAUAAAAAAUCGAUUCGUUUUUUGAAAACAAGUUGUUAGUGAGCAGGUUGCUGUUCAUGGUUGACACAGCUUUGCCAUCAGCCAAUCAGCGUUUUCUAAAUUGGUUCAAAGCUUGUGAAUGCACUCAACUCGUUGCGCACAGUUUCCCGUUUGUCAUGAAGGCAGCAUAAAGCCCGCGGGAAGUGCCGCAGGUGCAUUCCAAGACGGUUUGGAAUGGAGACUUCAACUUACGAUUUUGACGAGGUUAUCAAUUAGCCUAUUAGACCAAUGUCAAUAGGGAUGUUUCCAAAUGCAAUAGAUCUUAUUCCGCCCGUCGCAUAAAUAAGGCCUAUUAAGUACAACAGGAAUGGUUUAAUUUCUUUGUCUUGCACAAUUGUCCAUGGCUGUCUUAUUGCAACGAUCCAUAACUUUCUGAGAGGAGAUCAUUAUUGUCGGGUAUCUGAUUCGAGGAAUCACUGAAGACUGAAAUGCUGAUAAAAUGCUGUUGGAACAGACCUCUCAGUGGGCAGAUGUUCCAUUGGGUUCAUUGUUUAGGAGGAUGAUGCCCUGCCCUGUUGUAACAGACCUCUCAGUGGGCAGAUGUUCCAUUGUGUUCAUUGUUUAGGAGGAUGAUGAUGCUCUGCCCUGUUGGAACAGACCUCUCAGUGGGCAGAUGUUCCACUGGGUUCAUUGUUUAGGAGGAGGAGGAUGCCCUGCCCUGUUGUAACAGACCUCUCAGUGGGCAGAUGUUCCACUGGGUUCAUUGUUUAGGAGGAUGAUGCCCUGCCCUGUUGUAACAGAUCUCUCAGUGGGCAGAUGUUCCAUUGGGUUCAUUGUUUAGGAGGAUGAUGCCCUGUUGUAACGGACCUCUCAGUGGGCAGAUGUUCCACUGGGUUCAUUGGUUAGGAGGAGGAGGAUGCACUGCCCUGUUGUAACAGACCUCUCAGUGGGCAGAUGUUCCACUGGGUUCAUUGUUUAGGAUG